GAUAAAUGCUGCGUGAAGAAAAGUCGGGCCUGAGUAAAGAGGAAGGAAGCUAGGGGGCUGCCAGCACGUUCCGGGAGGCGGGCUUUGCAUCCCGCAGUAACACGAGGGAAUACCAGCUUCCCCAGGCGAGCGCUCCUGGAGCGCUGUGACCAACUCUUCGCUUCCGCUGCCCGUCUGGAGCUGCAGAAUUUAGCAGAGGGUCGGAACUCUCUGGAACCGCAGUCCUGGCGGCUCAGCGACAGACCCUGCUGAGACCACGCGGCAGCCGCAAACACUUUGGCGUGGCCGGGGCGUGGCCGACGGGCUGACCACGCCCCUCGGUCCCAAUUCCCCUCCACUUCCCGCUCCCAUUGGCUCCGAGGUUGGCCAAUGAGCGCUCGGAUCGAGGGCCUACCCUGGGUCUGACUCGAAAGCUCCUGCCAAAACUUUGGGAGUUUUUAGAGAGGACUUUUUUUCCCCCCCUCUUUUUACUUUUUUUUUUUUUUUUUUUUACUAACGGAUUAUUAUUGUUGUUGUUUUAAAUUUAGCUCUUAGGGCUGAACUGUUUGGGUUUUUCUUUCGGUGCCCAGCCCCUGUCUCCCUCCCCGGCUUCCCUGGCGAGCGCGGAGCCGCGGCCCUCGCGCGUCUCUCCGCUCCAGCGCCCCUCGGCGCCUCCUGCCCGCGGGAGCGCGGGCGCAUCGCCGCCCUUAAAGACAGGCCAGGGCCCGGGGCUGUGACCGGCUGGGAUCCGGCCCUCGCCUCCGUCUUCGGCGGCGCUGGGGCUCCCUGGCCUCUCUUCAGUGCGGACCGAGAAGCGAAAGCGGAUCGUCCUCGGCUGGGCUGCCGCCGCCUCCUGGACUCAGCGCGCCCCCUCCCCGCGCACCCACCCACUAUCCACCCGGCCCUGCCAGGCCGCGGCGGCCGCCAGGAUGUUCGCCGCCGGGCUGGCCCCCUUCUAUGCCUCCAACUUCAGCCUCUGGUCGGCCGCCUACUGCUCGUCGGCCGGCCCGGGCGGCUGCUCCUUCCCCUUGGACCCCGCUGCGGUCAAGAAACCCUCCUUCUGCAUCGCAGACAUCCUGCACGCCGGCGUUGGGGAGCCGGGGGCGGCCCCGGAGGGUCUGACGGGGGCCUCAGCCGCCGCCCUCACCGCGCACUUGGGCUCGGCUCACCCGCACUCCUCUUUCCAAGCCGCCGCCAGAUCCCCGCUUCGACCCACCCCGGUGGUGGCGCCCUCCGAAGUCCCGGCUGGCUUCCCGCAGCGGCUGUCUCCGCUCUCGGCCGCCUACCACCACCACCACCCGCAGCAGCCACCGCAUCAGCAACAGCCUCCGCCUGCCCCCCGCGCGGGCGCCCUGCAGCCCCCUGCCUCCGCGGCGCGGUUGCUUCCCGGCCACCAGAGCGGCUCGGCCCCGGCGCCCUCCAGCAAGGACCUCAAAUUUGGAAUUGAUCGCAUUUUGUCUGCAGAAUUUGACCCAAAAGUCAAGGAAGGCAACACGCUAAGAGGUCCCUAUGCUGUGCUCACGAAGGAUACCAUGCCACAAACGUACAAAAGGAAGCGCUCAUGGUCUCGAGCAGUCUUCUCCAACCUGCAGAGGAAAGGCCUGGAGAAAAGAUUUGAGAUUCAGAAGUAUGUGACCAAGCCAGACCGAAAGCAGCUGGCCGCGAUGCUGGGCCUCACGGAUGCCCAGGUGAAGGUAUGGUUCCAGAACCGGCGGAUGAAGUGGCGGCACUCCAAGGAGGCCCAGGCCCAGAAGGACAAAGACAAGGAGGCGGGCGAAAAGCCCUCCGGGGGAGCCCUGGCUGCCGACGGCGAGCAGGAGGAGCGGAGCCCCAGUCGCUCCGAGGGCGAGGCCGAGAGCGAGAGCAGCGACUCGGAGUCUCUGGACAUGGCCCCCAGCGACACGGAGCGGACCGAGGGGGCCGAGCGGCCUCUGCACCAAACAACGGUUAUCAAGGCCUCGGCUGCCGGCCCCCUGCUCAGCGCCAGCAGCGCUGCGAGUGGUGGAAGCGCCGGCGGCGGCGGCUUGAGCUUCGGCGGCCUCAGUAGCGCCAGCAGCCUCGGCAGCGGCGGCGGCGGGGGCCCGGAGCUGCUCCCUGCGCCCCAGCCCGCCCAGGGCAGCGCCCCGCAAAGCCCCGAGCCCUCCCAGGCGUCGCUCGGCGGCCUAUAGACUGGACCGGGGCGGAGGGCCUGGGGUCCUGAGCGCGGACUGCCGGCCUCCCACUGCGGCCGGAUUUGAAGCCUACUUUAUGGGGGCGGUGGGGCCGGCGGGAGACGCAGCGGCGGAGCCUCCGGCCUUCGGUUGUAGCUCGCCUCCCGCUGCCCCGCUGGUGCAGCCCACCACGCACGGAGCCGAGGGGAGUCCCAGCGUCCCCCGCCGAAGGCUCCCAGCGCCGGCCGAACACUUCUCCUCGGAUGCAAACAGCUCACAACGGGGAAACGUUGGACUAAACAGUCUUCCCCGAACAAGGGGUCGUGGCGCAAAGACUACUGCACUUAGGACGCCACAAACUUGUAAAUAAAAUGUUUACUACGGUU